AUACCUAAAUUUUCUCAUUCACACAGAAGAAAAAUCCAAGCUUGGGUAGUUUUAGAGGGGUUUCAUUUCGUUGAUUCUCAAGCAAUGGCCGCUAAGAUUCUUGCGAACUUGAUUGUGAUGGGUGGAGGAAUCUUGGCUAGAGCGUUUGUUCAGGCAUAUCGUCAAGCACUUGCUAAUGCCUCUAAAAAUGGUGUUGCACAAGAUACAAUACAAAAUACUAUCCGUAGGGCUAGCAAGGGAAUGACUGAGCAAGAGGCUCGGCAGAUUCUUGGUGUUACUGAGGAAGCCCACUGGGAGGACAUUGUGAAGAAAUAUGACAGUUUGUUUGAGAAUAAUGCCAAGAAUGGGAGCUUUUACCUCCAGUCCAAAGUUCAUCGGGCCAAGGAAUGUCUUGAGUCUGUUCAUCAAGGCAGUAGUCAGAGUACCCCUAGUUGAGAACAUAGUUCAU